CGUGGACGUUGAAUCGCGGGUCAGGGACUCGCGAACUCGCUUGGUGUGGAACGGUGGCAGAAGUGAAAGACAGAGACCACCAGAGGGACACUAUGGGACAGGGGAAGGCCGCGGUGAAGGAGCUGGAGUUUGGGGGCCCGCUAGGCUCCGUGGCGCUGCUGGUGCUGCUGCCGUGCACCACCCUGUACCUCAUCCUGCUGUGCGGGUCCCAGGACAGCGGCGUGCUGUCCGUGCCCGCGCUGCCCGGCGGCCUCGCCUGGCUGUGGGACGCGCAGGUGUUCGGCAUCUGCGUGGCGUGGAUGCUCUUCCAGGCGCUGCUCUACACGCUGCCCGUUGGACAUGUUGCAGAAGGAUUGCCUCUGAAGAAUGGGAAGAAGCUUAAAUAUAAAAUAAACGCCUUUCAAGCCUUCAUCAUUACUCUGGCAACUCUUGGCCUGGCUGUGUAUUACGGAUUAGACCUUUCGUACAUUCAUGACCGGCUGCUGCAGUUUGCAUUCUCGGCCAUACUGAUUUCGUUACUGCUCAGCGCUUACCUGUACGCCCGCUCAUUGAAUAAGCCCGAGUCAGAGCUGGCAACUGGUGGGAAUUCAGGUAAGAUUUUUAUUUACGAUUUUUUCAUGGGUCACGAAUUAAAUCCACGAAUCGGCAGUUUUGACUUCAAAUAUUUCUGUGAACUUCGCCCAGGACUGAUAGGCUGGAUGGUCAUUAACCUGGCCAUGCUACACAAGGAAAUUCAACAGGGCACUGGCCCUUCACUGCCACUCAUACUCGUCAUCAUAUUUCAGUUCAUAUACGUAGCGGAUGCUUUAUGGAAUGAGGAGUGCAUCCUGACCACGAUGGACAUCGUGCACGAUGGGUUUGGCUUCAUGCUCGUGUGUGGAGAUUUAGCCUGGGUGCCGUUCGUCUAUAGCCUGCAGGCCAACUACCUCGUCAGCCACCCCCAGAGCAUCAGCUACGCUUCGGCCGCUCUCAUUUGUGUCGUGAAGGGUGUUGGCUACGUCAUUUUCCGGGGAGCGAACUCGCAGAAAAAUGCCUUCCGGAGGAACCCUAACGAUCACGCCGUCUCACACCUGAAGAGCAUCCCCACGGCAAGUGGCAAGCGGCUGCUCGUGUCGGGCUGGUGGGGCCUCGUCAGGCACCCCAACUACCUGGGAGACCUCGUCAUGGCCCUGUCCUGGUCGCUACCAUGCGGUUUUUCUCACAUCCUGCCCUACUUCUACGUACUCUACUUCCUGGGUCUGCUGGUCCACCGCGAGGCUCGGGAUGCCAACCAGUGUGGCAAGAAGUACGGAGCUGCGUGGGAAGAUUAUUGCAACCGCGUGAAAUAUCGCAUCUUCCCAUUCAUUUAUUGACGACUCGUUUGUGUGGUCUCUCAGUAACGUCCGUGGAAUCGCACGUGUUGUAAUAAAUUCUACCUGAUUGGUUUUUACAAGAAAAUGUGUAUGGUAACUUUAGCCUGUGCGACAGGGCCUCGGUUUUGUUUGUUAAUGUCCAAAUCGGGUUUAUUUUUUGUCCCGGAAACAAUAGCAGUGGAUGCUUACAGCUUACACACACAUGGUACCUUUGCUACUGCGAGGCUUUACAUGACCUCCUUCAUUUGAGGAGUUUCAGUCUCCCGUCUUAACGCUCGUCACAAAUCUUGAAAGGUGAAGACUACUGAAUGAAGGAAUCUACUCGUCGCUUGCUGCGAAACCUAAGCAGCGUUGUAUUAGGCAGUUCGUCAGGCUGCUUACUGAUGUUUUAGUAAAUUCACAACUUACUUGCUUCUGCUCUUGAGCAUUAAUUUAUUCCUUUUGGAGAACACUACUUUUCUGCUGGCCGAGGUUUCUCGGCGAUGUUACUGUUUUUGUAGUUCCUCCCUGUUCAACUUUUGAAUAAACCAAAUUUUCAAUCA